AUGAAUGAAGACAUCGACCUAUCUCCUGGGUAUGGGAACUCACAGAGCAAGUCUGACAUCUGCGGGAAGGAGAGUGAACAACAACCAAAUGCGGAACAGCUAGAGGAAGCCUAUUUGCCGGACCCUACAACUUCUCCUAAUCCUUCGUCAAAGUUGCCGAUUCCAAGAUUGCACAAGCCUGCUUCACCAUUGCAACGUCGUAUUCCGCGUGCAUGUGCUCCAUGUCGUGCGAGCAAAUCAAAGUGCACCGGAGAAAAGCCUCGGUGCCAGCGUUGUAUGAUGCUGCAACACAUUUGUCAGUACCCAGCGAGGAAACGGGAUGAAACGCAAAGGAAGCUUGAACAAUUAUCUGCCGAGGCAUAUGAUUAUAAAUGUGUUUUACAGCUAUUAUACCGAAAAGUCAAUGUCGAAGAUGCCGAUACUAUAUCUGCAGUAUUGUUCAAGGUUUGUACCGAAUAA